AGUAAGUGGACAAAUUUAUUUGUUUAAAUAUUCAUUUGUGUUUAUCUUUUUAUUUAUAAAUAUUCAUUUAUUUUCAGAUAUAGCUGAAAAGGAAAACCAAAAAAGAAAACGGUCAGCAAAUUGGACCACUUCAAUGAAGGAGUUGCUAGUCGAAGCGGUGAGACCAGUGGCCGAUAUCAUUGAUUCAAAAAUGAAUGAUGGAAAAAAUUUGAAACUUAAAUUAGAAGCCUGGGAAGGCAUUGCAGCUACUUUUCGGGCCAGUGGAUUUAAUUUACAACCGAAGCAAAUAAGGGACAGGUGGAGCCGCUAUAAGCAAGAAGCCAGAACAAAUAUUAGCCAUUAUAAAAGAUCUCAGAAGGAGACUGGUGGUGGAAAGCCUCCUGAGGAGCCUGCGGAGGCGGACUAUGAAAUUGCCGAGAUAUCAGCUCUAGAUUUUGUAGAAGACACUGCAGAAUUUGACAGCGACGCAAUAUACGCCGCUGAAUAUGAUGACAGAGAAAUACCGAUGUCUUCACCACCACCAUCACCACCAGCAUCACCAUCACCACCACCAUCACCACCACCAUCACCACCACCACCACCACCACUAUUACCACACCAAACCGAAAAAAGCCCCACUCCUCCGCCCAAAACAACUAGCGGCAAAAAUAAAAAAAAGAGCCCGGAAAUGCCCUUCCUUGUCUACCUCCGAUGA